AUGUCAUCUCCAUUAGAUUUGCCCGUCAAUCCCUCUUACCGCCCUUAUGCAACGGCAGAUGACCUCAGGGAUGAUAUUGGCGAAAGUAUUCGCGAGGGCGGUUCGUUUGGUGGGGUGUUUCGUCUCAAGAGUACGAGGGACAGGGUGGUCCAGAAGAUCGUGGAUAAUAGCACAAGCUGUUCUACAGUAGCAAAGGAUAUGGAGCUGCUUCUUAAUGCCGAUAGUCAUCUUUUAAUAAAGUGUCAUCAGAUUGUGGUGGACAGCAGCGCUUGCUGCGUCUACGCCAUCCUGGAUUAUUAUCCUAAAUACCUUCUAGAUAUUCUCAAUAGCAGGAAAGCAUAUGGCACGGCUGUGGACCUCAGUACCUUUCUUGCUAUUGCUUACGAUAUUGCUCAGGGUCUAGCCUAUUUCCACACUCGUCACUACACAGAUUCUAACCGGGACAAGAAUAACAUCUCAACGCGCACAUAUUUCCAUGGCAAUCUAAACUCUUCAACCAUUAUGUUCAAUGAGGAUGAAACUCACUGCGUUCUUACCUAUCCAAAAUUCCACGUAAGGACUUUAAAAGAAAACAAAGCAGCAUCUAGUAAUGCAAGAUACGCUGCUCCAGAAAUCAGGGCUGGCGCAGAGUACAGCUCGGCAGCAGAUAUGUGGUGUCUUGGAGUCGUCCUCUAUGAGCUCGUGGGCGGCAACCUUAAGCUCCUUCCAACUAGCACUCUGCCAUUUGCAGAAUCACAAGAUGAGGCGUUUCUGGAUGCAUUGUCUGUCAAUGACACCUUCAUCAGGAAAGUGUUGGGCUAUUUGCUUAAGCUGAAUCCCCACGAGCGUAUCACAGUUAUGCCUUUACUCCAUAUUCUGGAACUUUAUCGUGAUAAUCUGAAGAAGGUUAGUGAGAUCAAGGAGCUUGAAGAAGCGGCUAGGCGGUUAGAGCAGGAUAGUCUGAUAUUCAUGAUGAAAGGAAAGAGGGAGAGCUGCAGCGGGGGUACCAACGCCCAUAGCACACUAGCUCAAACAGAUGCUAAUGGCAGAGCUAGAACUGAGCAUGACCCGGGUACACUCAAUAGUCAUCACCAAUCGAUUGAAGGUCAAUCAGAGGAGGAAGAUGGCGUCACUGCUCUGAUGAGAUUUGCAGACAGUGGUAAUCUUUGGUUUACCCGCCUGUAUCUACCAAUGCAGGCAGGGAAGGUGACCACUGCUGGGGAAAACAUUAAAGGCUGGGGUCUGAAAGGCCGAACGGCUCUUAUGGGAGCGGCCCUACACAACAGACUCGAGAUAGUGGAAAUACUUGCACCAUAUGAGGCGGGGAUGCAGCAGAGCUGUGAUAACGCUACCGCCCUCAUGAUGGCGGCCUUCAUGGGACACGAAGAGGUUGUCAACAUACUCGUGGACCGAGAGAAGUGCAUGGUAGAUGAUUCGGGGUACACGGCUCUGAUGUAUGCUGUUUUACAGAAGCAUCUAUCGAUCGUCUCUACUUUAGUAUCGUGUGAAGCGGGAGCUCAGUCCAAGGACGGAUCAACUGCAUUGAUGAUGGCCGCAUCCAUCAACUAUAUUGAUGCAGCUAGUAUCCUUGUGUCCCACGAGGCGGGAUUGAAAAACGACAAAGGAUGUACCGCGAGAACGAUUGCAAGACAAAAUGGAUUCAAUGAUUUAGAGAAGUUGCUUGCCGAAUAUGAGGGUGUAGACUAA